AUGCAUCUCAACUACCUCCUCGGUGCCAUGGUCAUGGCCACCGCGGCUACCGCCCAGACCGUCGCCGGCAAGGCCUAUGGCUUCGCUACCGGUGUUACGGGUGGCGGUUCGGCCAAGGCCGUUGCACCCACGUCUGCCAGCGAAUUGGCAAAGCUCCUGGCUGACGAUGUGCCCCGCACCAUCGUUAUCAACAAGACCUGGGACUUCACUGGCUCCAAGGCCACAGGUUCCGGCUGCGACCGUAAGUCUUGCAGCGCCAAGAACGGAGGUCAACUCUACCUUGGAACCCUCUCGUGCGGAGGUUCCGACAACGUCGCUGUCAGCUCUAUCAAGUACGACAAGGCCGGACUCGAGCCCCUCAUUGUCGGCAGCAACAAGAGCAUUAUCGGCAGCGGUGCCGGCGUUCUCAACGGUAAGGGUCUCCAGAUCAAGAAGAACGCCAAGAACGUCAUCAUCCAGGGCUUCGAGAUCCGUAACCUCAACCCUGGUAUCGUCUGGGGUGGUGAUGCUAUCGACCUCAAGGGCGGCAACGACGGUGUCUGGAUCGAUCACAUGAAGAUCUCCCUCGUCGGCCGCAUGUUCAUCGUCACCCACUACGACGGAUCUCGCGUAACAGUCUCGAACAGCGAGUUCGACGGCCAGACGACUACCUCUGCGUCUUGCAACGGCGACCACUACUGGACCAUGAUGUUCUACGGCAAGGGCGACCGCGUCACCCUGGACAGGAACUACUACCACGACGUCUCCGGUCGCGCCCCCAAGCUCGGCCAGGAUGGUACUACGGGAACCUUCCAGGCCACCAACAACUACUUCAAGAACAUGCAGGGCCACGCCUUUGACGUUUACUCUGGAGCCACUGCUCUGAUCGAGGGCAAUGUCUUCGAGACCGUCAAGAACCCCUUUACCUCCAGCAGCAACAAGGGCACAGUAUACAACGUCCCCGACAUCGCCGCCGCGUCUGCCUGCUCCUCAUCCCUUGGCCGCGCGUGCGAGGUCAACAAGGCCUCUGGCAGCGGUGCCCUUCCCUCACUGAAGACCACCAGCGCGCUCAGCACUCUGGCCAAGAGCAAGAGCUUCCUCGUCAAGCCUGUCGCCGCCAGCCAGGUUUCGAGCAUCAUCUCCUCGUCGGUCGGUCCCACGAGGCUCAAGGCCCGCUCCAUCCGUGGCCGCUGGGUCCGUUACUAA